AUGAUGAAAGCCUGCGCCUAGGCCCUCACUUCCCCUUCCUCACCGGGAGUGGCCGGGCUGUCCAGAGGCCUGACAGUCCUCUCUGGGGAGCCCGACGCCAACAUGGAUCAAGAAACCCUGGGGAACAUUGUCCUGCUGGCCAUCGUCACCCUCAUCAGCGUGGUCCAGAAUGCCCCCCGAGCCUACCCGGCUCUGGCUGAGUGUGUAGUCAGCACUGGCAGCUCUGUGGGCAUGGCCAUGGCCAUGGGGGGCCAGAACCAAGUGUGGGGUCUGCGUGCAGUGGAGAAUGACAAGGGGUCUGAGAGCGAGUGGUGCCAGAACUGCGUGGAUGCAUACCCCACGUUCCUUGCUGUGCUCUGGUGUGCCGGCCUGCUGUGCAGUCAAGCUCCCUGCUUCUUUUCCAGCACCCCGGGCUACAUAUUCGGGAAACGCAUCAUCCUGUUCCUGUUCCUCAUGUCUCUGGCCGGCAUCCUCAACUAUUACCUCAUCCUCCUUUUCGGAAGUGACUUUGAAAACUACAUAAGAACCGUCAGCACCACCAUCUCCCCUCUGCUGCUCAUCCCCUAGCUGCGCCCGGCUGCGCUGCCGUCUAAUCAAUGCCCCACGUCCCCGUAACUCACCCCAAGAGCACGAAGGCUCCUCUUCGCAGGGCCGUAAAUCUCGCGGCCAUCUGGCUCGGCAGCUUGAUGUACCCUUGCUUUCCCGGAACAAAACCACUGGGGUCUGCUCGGCUCCCAGAACGAACGGGGCUGCGGCUCCCUCCCCUCUGCUCCCCGAUGCAUUCUCAACCGCUCGCGCCCUCGGCCCCCGGUGCGGCCGGAUUAUUUCUUA